UCAUUUUAUAUUUCAACUAGUCUAACAACUAUGCUGAUGCUAUCUCAAUUUCGUCACAUUUUUUCACCUAAUUAUCUCUAUCCUCAAAAAGUGGUGCUGGUGAAUUUUCACUAUCAAUACCACCUAAACUUGUCAAAUCAAUUAUUCUCCAUAUGUGUAUUAUCAUUGCAUUUUCACCUACUUUCUCACAUACCAAAUUUCAUUUUUCAAACUUCUUCUCCUUUUCAUAUUUGAUCAUUAAUAUUGGUAACGCAUAAAACUAUAUAGUAUUAUUCUAUUCAAUUUCAAAAAACAUGAGCAUGAUCAUAGGAUACAACAAAGUUUCAUUCUUCAUGUUGUUGUCUUUCUUCUCUUUUCUCUGUUUUUAUCCUCUGUUUUUGCAUGCAGCAAACUUUAUCACACAGAACCAAACUAUCAAAGAUGGUUCCACUUUGGUCUCAGAAGGUCUCAGAUUUGAAAUGGGUUUCUUCAGUUUUAACAACUCUUCUUCAAGAUACGUUGGAAUUUGGUAUUACAACGUUACUUCAGCGUAUGUUUGGGUUGCAAAUAGAGAAAAACCAAUCAAAAACAGAGAAGGUUUUAUCACAAUAAAAAAUGAUGGUAACUUAGUUGUUCUUGAUGGACAAAACAACGAGGUUUGGUCAAGCAACGCAUCGAAGAUUUCGAUAAAUAAUUCACAAGCUGUUCUUCAUAAUAAUGGAAACCUUAUUCUUUCAGAUAGAGAAAAUAACAAAGAGAUUUGGCAAAGUUUUGAAGAUCCAACUGAUACAUAUCUUCCAGGUAUGAAAGCUCCGGUGAGCGGUGGAAAUGGAAUUGGGAAGGAUGCAACUUUUUGUUCAUGGAAAUCAGAGAAUGAUCCUUCAUUAGGAAACUAUACAAUGAGUGUUGAUUCUGAAGCAUCGCCGCAGAUAGUGAUUAUGGAAGGAGAGAAAAGAAGGUGGAGAAGUGGUUAUUGGGAUGGUAGAGUUUUCACAGGUGUACCAAAUAUGACAGGAAGUUAUCUUUUUGGUUUUAGGCUUAAUACAAAUGAUACUGGAGAAAGGUAUUUUGUAUAUGAAGCAUUGGAAAAUAGUGAUAAGGUAAGGUUCCAACUUGGAUAUGAUGGAUAUGAGAGACAAUUCAGGUGGAAUGAAGAAGAGAAAGAAUGGAAUGUGAUACUAAGUGAGCCUAAUAAGAAGUGUGAGUUUUAUAAUUCAUGUGGUAGUUUUGCAAUAUGUGAUAUGUCUGAUUCAAGUUUGUGCAAAUGCAUAAAAGGGUUUGAACCAAGGGAUGUGAAAAGUUGGAAUAGUGGGAAUUGGUCAAAAGGGUGUAAGAGGAUGACUCCAUUGAAGAGUGAGAGAGGUGGUAAUAGUUCUGGUGGAGAUGAUGGUUUUUUGGUGCAAAAGGGUUUGAAGUUACCUGAUUUUGCACGUUUGGUGAGUGCUGUUGAUAGUAAGGAUUGUGAAGGAAAUUGUCUGAAGAAUAGUUCUUGUACUGCCUAUGUAAAUGCUAUUGGAAUUGGGUGUAUGGUUUGGCAUGGGGAGUUAGUUGAUUUUCAAAGGUUAGAAAAUCAAGGAAAUACACUCAACAUUCGUCUUGCUGAUUCUGAUUUAGGUGAUGGGAAGAAAAAGACCAAAAUUGGGAUAAUAUUAGGUGUUGUCGCGGGGAUUAUCUGCCUUGGAAUCUUUGUAUGGCUUCUAUGUAGGUUUAAGGGAAAACUCAAAGUUUCCUCAACUUCUUCUACUUCCAACAUUAAUGGUGAUGUACCAGUUUCUAAACCAACCAAGAGUGGAAACUUAUCAGCAGGAUUUUCAGGAUCAAUUGAUCUUCACUUAGACGGGAGCUCUAUAAAUAAUGCAGAACUUUCACUCUUCAAUUUUAGUAGCAUUAUAAUUGCAACAAACAAUUUCUCAGAAGAAAACAAGCUUGGACAAGGGGGAUUUGGUCCUGUCUACAAGGGAAGGCUUCCAGGGGGAGAACAAAUCGCGGUCAAGAGGCUUUCUAGAUUGUCGAACCAAGGUUUAGACGAGUUCAAGAAUGAAAUGAUGCUAAUAGCUAAAUUACAACAUAGAAAUCUUGUUAGACUAUUGGGAUGUUCAAUUCAAGGGGAAGAAAAGUUACUUGUAUAUGAAUACAUGCCAAACAAAAGUUUGGACUACUUCUUAUUUGAUCCAGUCAAGAAAACAAAACUAGACAGCUCAAGACGGUAUGAAAUCAUCGAGGGCAUUGCAAGAGGACUACUUUAUCUGCACCGAGAUUCACGUCUUAGAAUAAUCCAUCGAGAUCUAAAAGCAAGCAACAUUUUGUUGGAUGAAAAUAUGAAUCCAAAAAUUUCAGACUUUGGCUUGGCAAAGAUAUUUGGGGGAAAUCAAAAUGAAGGGAAUACAGAGAGAGUAGUUGGAACAUAUGGAUAUAUGUCUCCAGAAUACGCAAUGGAGGGUCUAUUUUCAGUCAAAUCUGAUGUAUAUAGUUUUGGCGUACUUCUACUAGAGAUUGUGAGUGGCCGCAAAAACACUAGCUUUCGUGAUUCGUAUGAUCCAAGUCUCAUAGGAUAUGCGUGGCGUCUAUGGAAUGAAGAGAAAAUAAUGGAGCUUGUCGAUCCGUCCAUAAGUGAUUCAACUAAAAAGAGUAAAGCUUUGAGAUGCAUCCACAUAGGGAUGUUAUGUGUGCAAGAUUCAGCAUCUCAUAGACCAAACAUGUCCUCAGUGGUGUUGAUGCUUGAAAGUGAAGCAACAACUCUUCCCUUGCCGGUCAAACCUUUGCUCACUUCCAUGAGGAGAUAUGAUGAUACAGAAGAAUUUAAUACUGAACCUUUUGAUGCCUCAGUUGAUCUGACUGUCACAGGGAGAUAGAUGCAAACAAUCCCCUUAAAAUAGAAAACCUAGUUCCAUACAAUAGCAUUAUGUACAUGUCAUUUGAAUUUGUUUAUAGAUAUUUACUCUAAUGUGUGGUCAUGUAUUGUAUAUAAAGUUGUAUAUUAUUAUUGUGUCCUGGUUAUAUACCGUUGUAAUAAGAUGUAGGAAACAAGGAAUGAAAGCUGUUAAUCUAAACAGCAACAACCCAAAAUUAUCAUGGCAUCUCUUGAAGCGUAGGAUGCAACCUUGACAUUGAAAAAUAUUAGUUAAAAUAGUUUAUUUGUUA